AUGCGUUUUGGAGAGGUUGCGAUGGAAGCCGCCGAUCUACGUGUACCGGACAUACCGCUCGCCUCGUGCGACGACGAGGAUAUCGAUAGUAAUAAGAAUUUGAGCACUCACUCGUCGGACGAGAAACAUCACAACAGCAACAGCAACUGCAACAGCGAUGAGGAACGUCUACAUGACGAGUUCUCCGGGUCCCUUGAGGACCUCGUUGGCAAUUUCGAUGAAAAAAUCGCGGCAUGUCUGAAAGAUCACGAGGUGACGACGGCUGACAUCGCACCGGUACAGAUUCGGACACAGGAGGAAGUGAUGAAUGAAAGCCAAACCUGGUGGACACUGACCGGCAACUUUGGAAACAUUCAACCUCUCGACUUUGGAACUUCUUCGAUUUGCAAAAAGAUGGCCGCCGCUCUGGAUAGUGAUUCAUUGAAAGACGACGCCUCCACCCGUCGAAGUAUGACAAAUUCAGACGACGAGGACUUGCUCCGUCAACAAAUGGACGUUCACCAGAUGAUCGGUCAUCAUCACGGUUCGACGGAUACGGGCGGUGAGACACCUCCACAAACCGCCGAUCAGGUCAUCGAAGAGAUUGAUGAGAUGUUACAGUCAUGCGACUUCACUGGCUCAAUGAUGACAGAUCGAACAAUGGAGUCGGUUGACUCAAUGUAUUCAUCAAUGCGAUCACCGUACCCAUCAUCAAUUCAGUCGUCAGAAGCGGAUAUUAAGCUGAGAAGUGCUCAAGCACUCGUCAGCAAUCCAGAUACAGCGAAAACUGCGACGUUCCACUCGGACCUUCAAGAGCUCUCCUAUUCGAAAUUGGUGACACUUUGCGCCGAAAUGGAGCAGCUGAUUCGUGUCUACAAUGAGAGUCUCGUCGAUGAGUUGGCGCAUCGAGAUGAGCUUGAUUACGAGAAGGAAAUGAAGAACUCGUUCAUCUCUCUCCUGUUGGCAAUCCAGAAUAAACGACGUGUCUACGCCAACGACAGGAAGCGAAAGGGUGGAAAAGGCCCCGCGGACGCGUCACAACUGCCACAGUAUCUGACGGCGACGAUUCCCUACAACGAUAAUCAACAUAUCGAUAAUGCGUCGAUUGCGUCGCUUAUCAAAAUUCUCCGCGCCAUCCACGACGACAACACGACGGUGCCAACGCUGCUCACAGACUACAUACUGACUCACGUUUGCCCAAAGAAUAUUUCAUGUUAA